AUGACAAAGCAGACUGAAGGUGGACGCACUAAAAGGGAAGCUAGAAUACUAUUUCGGGCAGGUGCAAACCGUGAUGGCUGGUUCGAUGCUGAUGACCUGCUUCGGCAAGUCGACAAAGCGAUCGACAUCUUCGAAGCGAAGACGAAUGGCUUUGCCAAGGGCCUGUGGUUGUUUGAUAACGCUCCUGGGCAUCAGAAGCGAGCACCGAAUGCGUUAUCUGCCAGAAACAUGACCAAGAACCCUUCUGCAACAUGGCUCCCCAAGAGCGGUGUUCCAAUGCGAGACGGCUGGUUCAUGGAUGGGCAGAACAAGAUUUCGCAGCCUCUCUACUUCCCAGCAGACCAUCCGACGAUGCCGAGAUGGUUUAAGGGGAUGGAGCGAAUCAUCCAGGAGUGUGGUCUCUGGCCGGAGCGCGGUUUGAAGGCUCAAUGCUUUGACAGCUUUGCCAAGUGCCUACCAGGCCGCACCGGCUGCUGCUGUCGGCGUUUGCUCUUCAACCAACCUGACUUUGUCUCGCAGAAGCCCCAGCUGCAGGAAUAUAUUGAGUCCCGCAGUCACUUCUGCGACUUCUAUCCCAAGUACCACCCAGAAACUAACUUCAUAGAGCAAUACUGGGGCUAUUCAAAGCUCCAUUACCGCAAUACACCUCUGACAAACAACAUUCAAGAGAUGGAGAAGAAUGUGAAGGAGGCCCUUGACAAGGCUUCGCUCCUUCAAAUUCGGCGAUGGGCAAAUCGUGCCGCCCGUUUCAUUUCCUCAUACGCACAGGGUCUCGAUGGCGCGGAGGCGGCAUAUGCGAACCGGAAAUUCCACGGGCACCGGAUGUUACCAGCCCAUGUCGCAGCUUCUUUGAAGGAAGAGUUUAAAGAAAUGGCUUAA